AUGUUUGAAGUAAUUAAGAGGACUGGGCGUGUUAUGGAAAUUAUUUCUAAGUCUGGGGUGAGGUACUCAGGAAUAUUAUCAAAUUAUGACAGUAAUAGGAAUACAGUCACAUUAUGUAAAGCACGAUCAUUUGGUUCUGAGAACAGAGUAUCCCCUGUUAAAAUACAAGUAAGUGAGCAAGUAUAUGAGUAUAUUGUGUUUAAAAUAGAGAAUAUCCAGUGUGUAAAGGAGGGUAAUGACUGGGUAUCUAUUACUACUGGUGAUAGGGUUAUUAUAAACCCAAGGCAUGAAGUAAGGAAUAAGGACCAUGCGAAGAGACUAUUUAAUAUGAGAAAUGAGUGCAGUACAAGUUGUAAAGAGAGUAAUCAGAAGUCAUUAACUAAAGGGAUAAUUAUACCAGAUGAAGAGUAUGAUUUUAUAAGUAAUAAUAAGGAAUUACAGAAGGAUAUUGAGAAAAUUCCGUAUGAGCACAGGAAUACGUACGAUCCUUCAUUUUUUUAUGACUCAUUACGGUAAAUAAUACCUAUUAGUACAGCAAUGGGUAUACAUAAGUAGUAGCAGUAUACUAAUAGGUAGUAGUAGUAUAGUAUAUAUAAGUAGUAGUAGCAGUAUACUAAUAGGUAGUAGUACAGUAAUGGGUAUACAUAAGCAGUAGUAUAAUAAGCAUAGUAUAUAUAGUAUACAUAAGUAGUAGUAUAUAAGUAGUCUAAUAGUAGUAUAAUAAGC